AUGUCUGCUGCCAGCUGUCUUCUAUCUGAAGAUCAGUUUCUGUGCUCCAUCUGUCUGAAUUUCUUCAAUGAUCCAGUCUCCACACCAUGUGGACACAACUUCUGCAAAAACUGCAUCAGUCAACACUGGGAUAUCAGUGAGAGGUGUCAGUGCCCUGUGUGUAAAAAGGUCUUUCAGACCAGACCUGAGCUGCACAUCAACACAUUUGUCUCUGAGAUGGUUUCUCAGUUCAGACAUGAAACUCAGCAGAAAGUCAGCAGCAGCAGGUCAGAGCAACAAGCUGCCAAACCAGGAGAAGUUCCCUGUGACAUCUGCACUGGAACCAAACUGAAGGCUCUGAAGUCCUGCCUGGUGUGUCUGGCCUCCUACUGUCAGACUCACCUGGAGCCUCAUCUGACAAUGAAAGGUCUGAAAAGACAUCAACUGAUCGAUCCUGAGGAGAACCUGGAAAGCAGGAUGUGUAUGAAGCAUGAUAAACCUCUGGAGCUGUUCUGUAAGAACGAUCAGACAUGUGUCUGCAUGCUCUGCUGUGUUUUUGACCACAAGACUCAUGAGUUUGUUCCUCAGAGAGAAGAAUAUGAAGGAAAGAAGGCAGCGCUGGGGGAGACUGAGGCUGAAAUUGAACAGAUGAUCCAGAAGAGACGACUGAAGAUUCAGGAGAUCAAAGAGUCAGUGAAGAAGAGUAAAGAUGCUGCAGACAGAGAGAAAGCAGAAGGUGUUGAGGUCUUCACUGCUCUGAAGGAGUCUGUUGACAGACGUCUGAACGAGCUCAUAAAGGAAAUUGAAGAUAAACAGGAAACAACAAAGAAACAGGCUGAAGGUUUCAUCACAGAUCUGGAACAGGAAAUCUCUGAGCUGAUGAAGAGAAGCUCUGAGGUGGAGCAGCUCUCACGCUCUAAAGAUCACCUCCAACUCCUCCAAAGAUUCUCAUCCCUGAAAGCUGCUCCAACCACCAAGGACUUGACAGAGGUCAGUAUCCAUCCACCAUCAUAUGAGGGGACUGUGGUGAGAGCUGUGGAUCAGCUGAAGGAGAUAUUCAGUAAAGACAUGAAGAAGCUGUUUGAGGCUGAACUGAAGAGGGUCCAGCAGUAUGCAAUGGACGUGACUCUCGAUCCUGAUACAGCACAUCCUUAUCUCAUCCUGUCUGAUGAUGGAAAACAAGUACACUGUGGUGAAGAGGAGAAUGAUCUUCCAGACAACCCAGAGAGAUUUUCUGAAGAGCUUGUUGUUUUAGGAAAGAAGAGUUUCUCUUCAGGCAGAUUUUAUUUUGAAGUUCAGGUUAAAGAAAAGAAUGAAUGGGCUUUAGGAGUAGUCAGAGAGUCAGUCAACAGGAAACAAGAAAUCAUACCGAGUCCUGAGAAAGGUUACUGGACCGUAGGAGUAUAUGAAAACAUUUGUGUGGCUCUUGAGGAUCCUGAAGUCCAUCUCCUGCUUCAGUCUUAUCCUGAGAAGGUGGGGGUGUUUGUGGAUUAUGAGGAGGGUCUGGUCUCCUUUUAUGAUGUAGAUCGUGCAGUUCUUGUCUACUCCUUUACUGGCUGCUCCUUCACUGGGAAACUCUACCCAUUCUUCUGUCCCGGGGUCAAUGAUGAUGAUAAUGAUAACUCUGCACCUCUGAUCAUAUGUCCUGUCAAUCUGUCAGUCAAAUCGUUUUCCAUGGGGAAUGUGGAUCAAUCAAAGUUUAAGCCAAGCCAGAGAAGAAGUCCUAUAAACAGAACCCAGCAAAAUGCACCUGAUGAAGACCACAAGAUUCGGUCAGAAGCUGCAGAACAAGCUGAGCUUUAG